AUGGUAACACUGGACCUUCGGGUGUUGAUAGUGCGAAUACUGGAGGUGGUCUUCACCUGCAUCGCCUUCAGCCUGGUCGCGUCGUUGGGUCAUCGCACCAGCUCUUUCUGGACCUGGUGCAUGUUCACCUGGUGCUUUUGCUUUGCCGUCACCAUCUUGAUCCUGCUUUUGGAAAUCACAGAUCUGAGCUCCAAAAUCCCGAUUUCAUGGGACGACUUCACCGCUGCUUAUGCCAUGCUGGCCACUUUAAUGGUUCUAGCAGCAUCCAUCAUCUAUCCAAACUACACUCUGUGCCCCAGUUGUGACAAACAGAUUGCUGCCGUGGUCAUGUCCUGUUUUGCCUUCAUUGCUUACGCGAUCGAGGUCGGGCUGAUCCGGGCCAAACCCGGUGAGAUAAGUGGGUUUCUGGCCACCGUGCCCGGCCUCCUCAAAGUCCUGGAGACCUUUGUAGCGUGUAUCAUCUUCAUCUGCCUGGACCGGAGCCACUACACCAGGUACGCCGGGCUCCAGUGGUGCGUCGCCGUCUACUCCAUCUGCUUCAUCGUCGCCCUCCUCGUCAUCCUCUUCACCAUCUUUCGUCUUCUGGCGCUCUUCCCAGCGCCGUUCGAUAAAGUCCUGACCUUCUUUAACGUGACGGCCAUCUUGAUGUACAUGACAGCCGUGGUCAUCUGGCCGCUGUACAGCUUCAAGAACAACAAUAGCAGGCCCAACAAGUGCCAGAAACCUUGUCCGUGGGACGCCCUGGUGGUCAUCACCUUCAUGACCUGCUUCAACCUGGUCGUCUAUAUCGUUGACACUGUGUAUUCCCUCAGACUGGUUUUUGUCAGGAGGUGA